AUGGCAGAAGAAGUUGUAGCCUUAGUAGUCGAUAAUGGAAGUGGAAUGGUAAAAUCCGGGUUGGCAGGUGAUGAUGCACCUAAGUGUGUAUUUCCAUCAAUUGUAGGCAGACCCAAAAUGCCAAAUAUCAUGGUAGGUAUGGAACAAAAAGAAUGUUAUGUAGGAGAUGAAGCACAAAAUAAGAGGGGAAUACUAACUCUAAAAUAUCCAAUUGAACAUGGUAUAGUAACUAAUUGGGAUGAUAUGGAAAAAAUUUGGCAUCAUACAUUUUAUAAUGAAUUAAGAGUUUCCCCUGAGGAGCAUCCAGUGUUAUUAACAGAAGCACCCUUGAACCCGAAGACAAACAGAGAAAGGAUGACUCAAAUUAUGUUUGAAUCUUUUGAUGUGCCAGCUAUGUAUGUUAGUAUACAGGCCAUUUUGUCCUUGUAUGCAUCUGGGAGAACGACAGGUAUCGUUCUGGAUAGUGGAGACGGAGUAAGUCACACCGUCCCAAUUUACGAGGGAUAUGUAUUGCCACACGCAAUAAACAGAAUAGAUAUGGCAGGACGAGAUUUGACAUAUCACAUGAUGAAACUAUUUACAGAAAGAGGACAUACAUUUACAACAACAGCAGAAAGAGAAAUAGUUCGAGAUAUAAAAGAAAAGUUAUGUUAUAUUGCAUUGGACUAUGAUGAAGAAUUAAAAAAAUCAGAGGAACAUUCUGACAAAAUUGAAGAAAUUUAUGAAUUGCCAGAUGGUAAUUUAAUAACAGUAGGUAGUGAAAGAUUCAGGUGCCCAGAAGCUUUAUUUAAUCCAACAUUAAUAGGAAGAGAAUGUCCAGGAUUACAUAUUACUGCUUAUCAAAGUAUAAUGAAAUGUGAUAUUGACAUAAGAAAAGAAUUAUAUAGUAAUAUAGUACUCAGUGGUGGCACGACCAUGUAUAAUAAUAUUGGGGAAAGAUUAACAAAAGAAAUGACAAAUCUAGCCCCAUCUUCAAUGAAAAUUAAAGUUAUUGCGCCCCCUGAAAGAAAAUAUUCUGUGUGGAUUGGGGGAUCCAUAUUGUCUUCCCUUUCAACCUUUCAACAAAUGUGGAUAACCAAGGAGGAAUAUGAGGAUGCAGGUCCAAGCAUCGUUCAUAGGAAAUGUUUUUAA